AUGGCAACUCCCGCUUCGAGCCUAGCGACGAUCUGCUGGAGCGACCUGUGGGUCAGCACCGUCAACGGGAAGGGCGAGCGGAAGGACAUCCUCAAGGGCGUAAGCGGAUAUGUGGAACCGCAGCACAUGCUCGCCAUCAUGGGCCCGAGCGGCUGCGGCAAGACCACGUUGCUCGAUACCCUUGCCGGCAGGCUGACGGGCAACGUGGACGUCACGGGCACAAUGCUGGUCAACGGCGAGCCCGUUUCGCUCGCGUACGGCAAAGCGGCAUACGUGACGCAGGAUGACGUCCUCAUGGGCACGCUCACCGUCCGCGAGACGAUGCUGUACGCGGCCCGCGUGCGGCUGCCCAGCUCCAUCAGCAGCGCAGACAAGGAGAAGAUCGUCGACGAGGUCCUCGCCGAGCUCGGGCUCACGGAGGCCGGCGCCACCUGGGUCGGCAACUGGUUCCUGCGCGGCAUCUCGGGCGGCCAGCGGCGCCGCGUGUCGAUCGGUGUCGAGCUCAUCACGUCGCCGCGCAUCCUGUUCCUCGACGAGCCCACGUCGGGCCUGGACUCCGCGGCGGCGUACCACGUCAUGGCGUGCAUCCGGCGCCUGGCCCAGAAGGACCGGACGAUCCUGUCCGUGAUCCACCAGCCCUCCUCGGAGACGUUCGAGCUCUUCGACAAGCUCCUGCUGCUGUCUGCGGGAGACAUGGUGUACUUCGGCGACGCAGACAAGGCACUGGCGAGCUUCGAGGCGGCGGGCCUGCACAUGCCGCGGGGGAUGUCCGAGUGCGACUUCUUCCUCAAGUCGAUCAACCGCGACUUCCAGAAGGUUGUCGAGGAGCUCGAGGGCAAGGCGGACAGCAGCAUCGACGAGAACAUCCAGAAGCUCAAGGCCUCGUUCGUCAAGUCGGAGCGCUGCGCCACCGUGAGCAAGAAGCUCGAGCGCAUGAAGACGAACGCGACGGUCCCGAACGGCGGCGACGCGCCCCGCGGGUACAAGCCGGCGUUCGAGGGCUCGAGCUGGUUGACGCAGACGCUGGUGCUGACGCAGCGGUCGUUCGUGAACAACUACCGCAACAUCGGGAUCUUCGGGAUCCGCCUCGGCAUGUACACGAUGCUCUGCCUGGUCAUCGGGUGGAUCUACUUCGACCUGGGGGACUCGUGGGAGGACAUCCAGGCGCGGGCCGCCAGUCUCUUCUUCGUAUUCGGGUUCUUGACCUUCAUGAGCAUCUCCGGGUUCCCCGCAUUCAUCGAGGACCUCAAGGUGUUCAUCCGCGAGCGCCUCAACGGGUGGUAUGGCGUCUCGGCGUUCGUCAUGUCCAACACCAUCAGCACCAUCCCCUUCGUGUUCGGCAUCGCGCUCUUCCCCGCGCUGUGCGUGUACUGGCUCGCGGGGCUCAACAGCGACGGGCAGGUCUUCAUGCGAUUCGUCUUCAACCUCUUCCUCGCGCUCUACACCGUCGAGUCCCUCAUGAUGUGCAUCUCGCUCGUGGUGCCGCACUUCCUCAUGGGCAUCGCCGGCGGCGCGGGCAUGCUCGGCAUGUUCAUGCUCGUGUGCGGGUUCUUCGCGCUGCGCAAGGAGCUCCCCCUCGCGGUGUGGCGCUACCCGAUGCACUACCUGGCCUUCCACUCGUACUCGUUCCAGGCCGCGAUGGUCGAAGAGUUCACGGGCGGCGACCGCGGCGGACAAGCCGUCUGGGGCUGCCCGUGCGCCGUCGACCCCACGAUGCGCGCCACCGAGGCCUGCGCGUCCUGCAGCAUGACGGGCGAGCAGGUGCUGUCGGCCUUCCAGAUCACGGACAUCGGAUACGGCAUCAACGUGCUCAUCCUGAUCGUCAUGUGCGUCGUGUACCGCGUCGGGUUCCUGCUGCUCGCGAAACGCGCGGAAAUGAAGCGCGCCGGCAAGAGCGUCAUCAUGAGCCCCGUGGCAGCGGGCAAGGUCGCAGCACAGGAGCCGUGA